ACAGGUUCAGUAGCCUAUGUAAAACAUUUCACUGAACCUAAAAUAUAGAAUCUUUAACAGUGUACUCUGGAUGCUGCUUCUAUAUUGACUAUUAAGAUAUUUGACUUCACAAAUGAAUGGCAAGGAUAGAGGGUUGUUAGAAAUAGCCAAAGCUUUCUGAGACUAAAGGCCAUUAUGUACCGAGUAUGUUGCAACAUUUUUUUCGAAUGUGACCUUGUCCUGUAACAUAGAGAUGCACUGAAAGUGUUGUGGUUUUGUGAAAAAUUUGUUCUCAAAAAAGAAACAGUGAAAUACAUGAAGUUGACAUCAAGUGAUGAUGAGCUGGUCAAGAUGUUUCUGAACAAGCAAAGGAAGAAACAGAGAUUCUGGCUACAUCCAGUGCUCACCAGAGGGCACCAUCAAACCAUGAGAAUUUUAUCUGAGGAGGCAAAGAAAUAGGUUCAGUGAGCCGAUUGACCCAGAACCGCGUCUAGCUGUGUGUCUGAGUUAAAAUAGUAUUAUUUUGUCAUUUCCAAAUUGUAUAUUCAACACGAUGAGCACACUUGUUGCCAAGUGCAGUGGUCUGAUUAGGUUAAAGCUGUUUAUUUGUGUCCAAAAAAAGAUAAUUGCCACAACAUUGUUCUGUGUGAAUGGCUUAUUUUGGGCUCACCAAAAAUUAUUUUUUUAAUGCAAGAAAUAUUCACACAAAUUUUACGCAUCCGGUGUUUAAAGGUCUUUUGAUAGGGGGAUUUUGGAUGGGUAAAUGAGAGGAUAUUUUCAAUAUUUGCUGACAGAGCUGCACAGCAGUUCCACCCGACUGCUGUUUAAACAUGAGCUUUUCAAGGGCCAGCCACUCAGAAAGGCAAGCGUGUCCUUGAGAGCAAUGGAAACAACAUAUUUCAGAUAAGAUAGUAGAUUAAUUGGGUGACCACACUAAGGCCUAAUACGAAACAAUUAUUUGAACUGUGAAUCAUGCAGAGCUCCUUUAUUACAUUGAGAGUAGGGGCGUGCAUCGACCGGUAAAUCAACAGCUUCACUUCUAUGCGCGGCCGCGUCAUGCCAAAUGGGUGCAACAUCCGCAUUGCUGUGGCUGUGGCACCAAAAUGUUUGUCAGUCUCCCACUUCCUUCACUUGUGAACAAGACCCAGUGAUACUUAAACUCCUCCACUCCCGGGCAGUGUCUCAUCCGUGACCCGGAGUGGGCAGUCUGGCCUUUUCCUACUCAGGACCAUGUCUUCAGAUGUGGAAGUGCUGAUUGUCAUUCACACUCAGCUGGGAACCCCUCCAGUGCAAGCUGAAGGCUACCACCCGAUGAAGCCAGCAGAACCCCAUCCACUGAAAAAAGCAGAAAUGAGAUUCUGAGGGCUACAAAGCUGGAAGCCUUAUGACUUUAAUUCUGUUAUUUAUUAAUUUGUGUAUUGCUGUGUUAUCAGAAUACGUGCUGUACAGUUCUUGUGAUAAAAUAUGUUUCCUUUCUUUGUAGUUUUCAUGGACAACAAGAAGAGGCACCUAAAAGGCAUCUUCAUUUGCAUUGCAGCAGCAGUGAUUUUCAUCGUUUUCAAUCUAAAUUCCAAGAAAGUGUUACUGGAUAGGAACAUUCCUUAUCAAGCAGCAUCAGCAGAGCCACGUUGGGAGGAUCCAGGACCAUAUCAUGUGGCCUACCCACGAAACUACAAAUUCAUCAUGGAUGACACGCCCACAUGUAGGACCACAACUCCUUUCCUUAUUCUGAUGGUUCCUGUUGCACCCGGUAAUGUGGCAACUCGGAAUGCCAUCCGACAGACGUGGGGAAAUGAGAAGCUGGUUCUGGGUCAGCGGGUAGAGACUGUCUUCAUAGUGGGCCUCCCUGGUGGAAGUGAUGCUGAACAUCAGCAAGAGAAGCUACAGCAGGAGAAUCAGCAAUACCAUGACCUGAUUCAGAGCAACUUUCAGGACAGCUACUAUAAUCUGACUAUCAAGACUAUGGUCAUGCUGGAGUGGCUGGCUGCACACUGUACUAAGGCUUCCUUUGUCAUGAAGAUCGACUCUGAUGUGCUACUCAAUGUCCCGAAUCUGGUGAAACUGUUGGUGGAUCCUAGCACAGCUAAACAAAACUAUAUGACUGGGCUGGUUUGGUGGCAUAGUCCCGUUUUAAGGAACCCAUUUAUAAAGUUCUACAUGCCUCGAUCUGUGAUUGCUGAAUCAGAGUACCCCCCGUAUCCGCUCGGCUUUGCCUACGUCAUGUCACUAGACCUUCCUGGGAAGAUCUUGGAAGUGUCACCUCAGAUCAAACCGAUCUACAUUGAAGAUGCUUACCUCGGCAUGUGUCUGAAACGCCUGGGCGUAUCUCCUACUGACCCUCCUGAAGAAACAAUGUUUCUUGUCAAGCCCAGCCAUUCUCUGAGCAGCUGCAGUCUUUCAAAGUUGAUCGCUUCUACUACAACAAGCAUGUUUCAGAUGAAUGGCUACUGGGAGAGGAUCAAACAGGGAGUUCAGUGCUGAACUUAUUCCAAAAAGGUAUUGUUUAUGGUUGUAGGAUUUUGGAUCAUGGGAGUGGGAACCUCAAUCUGGCCAAUGGUGAAAACAAAAAUGAAAUAUUGCAUAUUUAUUAUGUGGCAAAAUGGAGACACCUUUGUUACAUCUGGUCAAAUCUGAUCAUUAGGCCAAGUUAAUAUAUAUUUUUUUUCCUUUGAAAAAGUUCAACAUAUUUAAUUGAAGCACGGGUUGUGAGAGGCUUUUUUGCAGGGGUUAGUAUUAAGAGUAUAUUUAUAUAUUUACAUCUUAGAUCUCUGUGGUGAUAUUGAAUUUGCAAAUGAUAAGAUGAUACUGUAAUCCACUUUUUAUUGAAGUCAGCCAGGCCUCCUUUGUCCUCAGCUCAAGUGUGAGAUGUUUGUUACUUUUAUAUCCUCUUGUAUUUAAGUUUUCCAGCUCUUUUGUAUUUCUGUACUUUUUACUCUCCGGCCUGUGUUUGUCUUUUAUAUUUGGUGUUAUUGUAUGGAUAACACCAAAGGAUAUAAAUAUAAAUAAAGGCUAUAUGGGAUAUAAA